AUGGCGACGUUUGGGAGGACGUAUAACGAAGGGGAGAUUGGGAGGAAGUUCAAGAAGGUCUUGCAAGAGUUCUCGGAGGUGUUGGGUAGCUUUUAUUUUGAGGACUCUAUUCCUCAGCUUGCGGUGGUUGAUCGUCUUAGAGGUCUCAGUGCUAAAGUUGAUAGAGUCGCUGUAGAUUUUGACGAGUUUCUACAAGGCGUGGUCGAUGAGACCAUAAUAAAGGUACGCAAUAACUCUGAAAAAAUUUCUGAAGAUGGUGUGGAAACCUUCAUUGAAGGACUACUCAAGGUUCAGAAGGAAGAUAUUAUUGGCAUCACCAUCGAUGCAGAUGUCAUCAAAGCACUCCUCUUGGACGCAUAUGUCGCUGGAACAGAUACAUCAUCUUCAGUACUUGAAUGGGCGAUGACUGAGCUUCUGUUACAUCCGGAAAACUUGAAGAAAGUCCAAGAUGAGGUAAGAAGCAUUCUUCGUGGAAAAGAAGAGAUAACCGACGAAGAUCUUGACAAGAUGACUUAUCUUAAAGCCGUGAUCAUGGAAACCACCCGCCUCCAUCCUCCCCUUCCGAUUCUACCACCAAGAGUCGCACGACAUGAUGUUAAUGUAAUGGGGUAUGAUAUUGCAGAAGGAACAAGGGUAUACGUGAACGUUUAUGCAAUUAUGAGGGACCCUAAAGUGUGGGAAAAGGCCGAAAUGUUUCUGCCAGAGAGGUUCUUGGAGUCGUCUAUUGAUUUCGUAAGGCAUAAUUUCGAGUUGCUUACGUUUGGCGCUGGAAGAAGGGGUUGCCCUGGAAGGGUAUUUGCCAUGGCCAUCAAUGAGAAGGUGUUUGGCUACUGUUUUAUCAAGAUUUGA